AUGAUUUUUCGUGCAGAUCGCUCAAGUGACAAGCGAAGAUAUAACAUUCCUAAUAUAGAUGAAGUAGCUAUGAUUUUUACAAAUGAUGAUGGUGAACCCCCAUUUAAACGGGAUAUCAAGGUCUAUCCUCGAGUUGAUGGUAGUGAUCUGAUAAAUAUAAAUAUAUUAAGCCCUAAUCUUGAUCCAAUGGUAUAUCCUCUAUUAUUUCCUUUUGGUGACCCUGGUUGGAAACCAGAUUUAAAGGGUGAAGAUACAGGGCGUACAAGGGCAAAUAUCUCACUACUACAGUUUAAAAUAUUUAGAUUAGCAAUUCGUGAAAAUGAAUUCAACCCAAUCCCUUUUGCUGGAAAAUUAUCACAACAAUAUUUUGUUGAUUCCUAUUUACAGGUCGAGGCGAAUAAUUUAAAUUUUAUUAGACAAAAUCAGCCAAAAUUACGAGUAGAUGAAUAUUCUAGAUUAAUGGACUACUUGGAAACAAAGUCAAACAAUAUAAUUCCCGGCAAAGCACUAAUAUUACCAUCAUCUUUUCAAGGUUCUCAAAGAAAUAUGCGAGAACGCUAUCACGAUGCAAUGGCCAUUGUGCUCAAAUUUGGCAAACCUGAUUUGUUUAUUACUUUUACAUGCAAUCCUAAUUGGCGUGAAAUUAAGGAAAAUCUAUUUCCCGGGCAAAGUCCUACAGAUAGACCAGAUUUAAUAGCCCGUGUUUUUAAAUUGAAAUUAAAUGAAUUAUUGUUCGAUAUAAAUAAAAAAAAUUUAUUUGGUAAAUCUAUGGCUUUUAUAUAUACAAUCGAGUUCCAAAAAAGAGGUUUGCCUAAUGCCCAUAUACUUAUUAUUUUAAACGAUGAUAGCAAAAUUGAAACAUCUCAAGCUAUAGAUAAAUUUGUUUGUGCCGAAAUGCCAGAUAAAAUUCUCAAUCCUAAACUUUUUCAGAUUGUUACCCAUUUUAUGAUACAUGGUCCUUGCAUGGAAAAUGGCAUAUGUACCAAAAAAUUUCCGAAGGAUUUUCAAAUGGAAACAAGACCAAAUAUUGAUGGGUAUCCAUAUUAUAAAAGGCGAGAUAAUGGUAUUACAAUUCUUUCCGGUAAACCUACGGAUAAUCGUUAUGUUAUUCCAUAUAAUCGAUAUCUAAUGUUAAAAUUCAAUGCUCAUAUUAACGUGGAAAUUUGUACAUCUAUUAAAUCGGUAAAAUAUAUCUUUAAGUAUAUUUAUAAGGGCUAUGACUGUACUAAUGUUGACAUUAAUGUUGCUUCAAAUAUAAAUAUUCAUGACGAAAUUAAAUCACAUUUAAAUGCGCGAUAUGUGAGUGCAUGUGAAUCAAUGUGGAGAUUAUUAGAAAAUAAUAUGCAUGACCGCUCGCACGCUGUUAUUCGCUUAGGAAUUCAUUUACCUUUACAACAGCCAGUAUAUUUCACUGCUGGACAUGAAAGAGAUGCUUUAUUGAGAUCAGAAAAUAAACAUACUACUUUAACGGCAUGGUUUGAGUUAAAUAAGACAGAUCUAAAUGCUAGACAAUAUCUUUAUGGGGAAAUACCUUAUCAUUAUGUGUUUACAAAUUACCAUUGGAAACUAAGAAAAAAACGAUUAAAUGUAAUUUCGAGAAUGUAUUCCGUUCAUCCUAAUUCUGGUGAACGAUUCUUCCUUCGAUUAUUAUUACUUCAUGUUUGCGGGGCUACAAGUUUUGAUUAUUUAAAAACUAUUAAUGGAAUUUUAAUGACUACUUUUAAAGAGGCAGCUAUUAAAAGAAAUUUGUUAUCAGAUGAUAAAGAGUGGGAAUCAUGCUUAGAAGAGGGAUCAAUAUAUCAAAUGCCGUCACAACUUCGGAGUACUUUUGCCUUUAUCUGCAUUUUUUGUCAGCCUGAAAAUCCUGCAUAUCUAUGGAAUAGGUUCAGAUUUAUGAUGAUUGAAGAUUAUUUGCGUCAAUAUUCAGAAGUAAUUGCAAUAAACAUGGCUUUAAUGGACAUUGAAAACGUUUUUCUUGAUCAUGGUUUAUGCUGUCAAAGUUUUGAUCUUCCUUCACCUACAAAAAUCCCCCCAAAACAACAUUAUGAUGCCCAUGUUGAAGCUGCCGAUUCAAUCGAGCGUAUAUCUAAAUUAAACCGAUUACAAAAAUAUGCUUUUGAUUUAAUUAUACAAGCGAUUGAAUUAGAAAAUAUUCCAGAAAGAUAUUUCUUCGUGGAUGGCCCUGGAGGUUCAGGUAAAACAUAUCUUUACAAUACCUUAAUGUGUUAUAUAAGAGCAAAAAUCAAAUUGUAUUGCCUUUGCAACCACCGGCAUAUCCUCUAUUCUAGGGGGGAAGAACCAUCCAUAGCGGAUUUAAAUUACCUGUGCCUAUCUUUGAAACUUCUACAUCCCAUAUGA